CGUUCCGUUAUUCACGCGCACUCGCUCACUCCACCCCUCUCAGUCCCCCAGAAAUCCGUUAUUCACUCUUACUAAUCUAACCUCGGCGUUGCCUUCUUCCAAACAGCCGGACCGACCGACCGACGCCUAUCGCUGGACGUUCAACAUUUCAUCCCGCUACGGAUGAAAGGGAAACGAGAAGAGUGGGUCUCUCAUCUCACGAUAGCGGUCAAGAACGGCUCCAGUACGCCAGACUGGAACAGACGUCAAAGAAGUUUGGAAAUAUUUGCCUCCCUACAUUACACAUCUCAUCGGUGUCUUUAACUCGCCUCGGAACUUUUUGGGAAAGAUGCGGGCGUGUAGCAAAGACAGACAGGCCGAACACAUUGCCUAAAGGCUAAACUCAUUGCCUUUAAGCACGAACUUAUAACAGGGAUAAAAAAAAGCUGUUCUGUUCCUCUGUGCUUAUAGGAUCUCAUACCGUUCUUUUUUACUUUUUGAAAGUGACUUUUUUUAAACAGAAGAACUUUUCGAACAUUCGCGGACCAAAAAUGUUGGCGUGGCUUAGUGAUGUAUUCUGGGACGAGCGACUCUGGUUCCCUAAGGGACUUGGCUGGAAGGACCUGGAGGAUCGGGAUGGCCGGGUCUACGCCAAACCUGCUGACCUUUGGGUGGUGCUGCCCAUGGCUCUGACCAUGAUGGUAGUGCGCCAGAUCUUUGAGAGGACGCUUGGCAUGCGCUUAGCGGCUCUGCUUGGCGUGAAAGCGACAAAACGGCUUCGAGCCGCUCCCAAUCCAACACUUGAGGCCUUCUACUGCAAAACCACUAAAUACCCAACACAGAGUUCUGUAGAAUCAUUAUGUAAGCAAACAGGUUACACACAGCAGCAGGUGCAGAGAUGGUUCCGCAGACGACGAAACCAGGACAGACCCAACCUCCUGAAGAAGUUCCAAGAGGCCAGUUGGAGGUUCACUUUUUACCUUCUACUGUUUGUCGGUGGACUGGCUGCCUUGAUCGACAAACCCUGGCUGUAUAACUUGGAGGAUAUGUGGAAAGGCUUCCCAGUUUUGACCCUGGUGCCAUCUCAGUACUGGUACUACAUGGUGGAGCUCAGCUUCUACGCCUCACUUCUGUUUAGUGUGGCUUCAGAUGUCAAGCGCAAGGACUUUAAGGAGCAGAUCAUCCAUCAUGUGGCCACUAUCCUCCUCAUCAGCUUCUCGUGGUGCGUCAACUACAUCAGGGCAGGAACUCUGAUAAUGCUGCUGCACGAUUCCGCCGACUAUCUGCUAGAGUCAGCUAAGAUGUUUAACUACGCUGGCUGGAGGAACACCUGCAAUAACAUCUUCAUCCUCUUUGCUGCGGUUUUCAUCAUCACCCGUCUCGUCAUAUUCCCGUUUCGGAUCUUGUACUGCACCAUCGUGUACCCCCUCUCCAUGUACCCUCCGUUCUUCUGCUACUACUUCUUCAACGCACUCAUGAUCGUGCUCCAGUGCCUACACAUCUUCUGGGCAGUGCUCAUCAUUCGCAUAGCCGUCAGGUUCCUCAGCAGUAAUGAAAAGGUGGAUGACGCCAGGAGCGAUAAAGAGGAGACCGAUGACUCAGCAGGGGAGGAGGAGGAGGAGAUGAAGAACGGAGGUGUGAAGAAGAACGGCCCUGUCCAGAAUGGCCACAUCCCCCACAACCACAACAACAGCCACCACAAGAUGGAGUGAUGGAGUCACAUGUCAGAGACGACAGGACCAGUACCAGAACACAGAGUGCUGGUGCAGAGUCCAGUACAAAGAGAGAGAGAGAGAGAGAUAGAAGAGAGGAGAUAAGGAUUCCAGAUAUCAGGAAAGGACUAUCCCUCCCCCAUACAUACAUUGCCACACAAAUUCAAACAUACACACACAAACUCACUCUCUGUCUUUCUCUCCUCACACACACACACACACACACACACACACACACACAUACAUGCUCACACAUUAACCCAUUCACCCACUUUUUACAUGACUCUACCAAUUGAUAUUACACACAGGUGUCGUCCCAAACGUGCAACACAGGAAGAGACACAGAAAUGAUACAAACGUACAACAUGCACUUGUUCCAUAACAUUCAUUUGAAAAGCCAGAGCCAAAUGUGCCAAAGUGGUGCCUCAGAGAGAGAGAGAGAGAGAGAGAUGAAUAGAGAGAGAGAGAAUGAGAGAGAGUGAGAGAGAGUCAGGGAGAAAGAAAAAGGAGGUGGGGGUGAUGCUGCUUAAUGUCUAUUGUCCUUACUUGUGACUUGUGUGCCUUAUCUAUAGUCCCGCCUCAACUGUGUUGUUUCUAGUGUCAAUGCCACCCCCAACUGAAGUGAAUUCAAGCUACACACGCUCCAAAUAGGGGCCAGAUCCACGCCAACUCCACACUACAUCUGGUCCAGUCAGCAGAGAUCCUGGUGUGGUUACGAAUCAGACGUGCCUGCUGUUUCAGUAGAAAGAAAAAAGUGUUCGUAUUUAUAAUGACAAUGAUAAACUAGCCUUACUCUCCAAAACAGCCCAACAUUUCAACUUUCAGUUAUACAGGAGGUACUAAAAUGUCCAAGCCUUUCUAUGCAAUUAUUGGGGAAUCUUUACUUUGAUUGAAAACUGGGGUUACUUUUUGGGAAUCUGGUUGGAAUCUUCCCCAUUUUUAAUCAGAUGUUUUUAGUGCUGGACUGUUGGUUCAUCUGAUUGGGUCCUUGGGUAGCCAAGGUUUCCUAGGUCUGAAAUACCCAGGUCUGAGGAAUGAGCUAACUCUGUCCACCAAGUUGGGUCUCUAGCCCGUGGAGAACAUUAGUCAUGAUCAGAACCCUUUCUGUACUGCUGUUUCCUGUUUGACCACCAGAACGUUAAGCCACAGUGGAUGUGCCCUCCGGAGCAGUCCGGGAGCCUGUCCUCAUAGGAAAGCCAAAGGAGCUCCUGCUUGCCUUAGGGUUGUUGUUUAAUGGUCCCACCCAGAAGUCAGUGCUGUAACAGAUCUGCUCCUUGUCUGGCAUGGACCUGGCUGAGAUAAGGCCCACGUCUCCCACACACUUAGCUGCUGUCUGGGUUGCUAUGGGUUUGUUGAUUCAGUCCCUAUGGAAACGUUGCUCUGUUUUGAUGGGGAGAUGAUAACUGAUUGAGUUUGUUUAAAUGUAAUUUUUGUAGAUGUACAAAAACCUGAAGAAAUGCAGUCAUGGAUGUAUAGAUAUAAAUGUAAAUCAUUGUGUGUCUCUACAGUUGUAUUGUAUCUGUCUCUUUAUGGUGUUUGAACCAACAAAACACUUCCAAAGUUUUUCCGCUAUCAAUGUUUUCCAGUCUUUUGUGCUGGAAACCCAGUGAAAUGCUGCACCACCAAGACCAGAAGAGGUGAUGGUACUUCCAUUCCAGCGUAACGGGUCCCAGUUACUCCCACUCUGACUGUCUGUAUGUUUCUGCUGGAUCACUAGUGCUAUGACUCAUGGGUAUUUUUUUUCAUUGUAUAAUAUGAUGUCAGAGCGACAGAUCAUUUGAGGAGUGUGGGCCAGUCCGGUCAGUCGAAGUGGGUUGAUCUUUUUAUGAUUCCAUAAUGAAAAAUGGGUUUCUUUUAAAAGAGUCGGUUCUGAGCUUGGGGGGGGGGGGGAUUGAACUGAAUGCAGUUUAAUUCUGUCAAUUUGUUUUGAUGGUGGUUGUUCAGCAGAUCUGCGGUGUUAUGUGUUGUCCAAGUGCCUUAUCUCUUAGGAGAAGUUGAUCACCCCCCCCCCCAAACAUCCGGCAUUCCUCCGUCUCCUUCCUCCUGUCAGUCUGUGCUCCUCCUCUUUCCAAAAGCUGGAAUGGAUAUGGAUAUUGCACUGACCUUAGUCUGACCCACGCCAGUCAGCAGCUAUUUGGACAGUCUGUGUUCUGAUUCAGCCCCUCGUUCUAUAAAGGAUAGCUUUUUUAACUGGUCUCCCAGCUGAUGUCAGCUGUCUCACUCUCCAUUCACUUCCUUUGAAAGUGCACUCUGACCAAACAUGUUUGUACUGCUACGCAAAACAAAUCCCAAAUUAGACUGUUUUUAUUUUUUAAUUUCUUUUGUUUUGUUUGUUAUGAUGCUGAAUUAUUAUUAAUGAGAAUAAAUAGAAACAUGAGUUAAUGUGA